GAGGUUGUUCUUUAUCAUAAUUUCAUCUCUGGAAAAAAACACAGGAAAUUGGAAUUGGAGGUCCUGCUUCUGCUCUAUCACCAUCAUCAUCUGAUUGGACCCAAUUCUUCUUCAAUUUCAGUUUCUAUUGACUCAACAAUCAGAGCCCAAUCUUCGACUUCACUUUUGACCGUCUUCACAGAGCAGAAAAUUAGACAUGGCGAUGCGGGACUUAGUUACCGGAGGAGCAGCCUGUGCAGUUCCAGGCUCUUCUUCGUCUUCUAAUCCUCUUGGUGCUCUCGCUAAUACCCUAUUAGGCUCCUCUUCUAAGACUCAGGAGAGGCUGAAGGAAAUCCCUACAUCGACGGCUACAAGUUCCGAGAAUCGUUUUUACCAGGAUGUUCAGGAUCCUCUGAGAGCACUUCCUGGGGCUGAGUUUGAGCAGCAGCCAUUUUCUCAUACUCAGAGUUCGGAAUUUCUUCGUGGCUUUCGCUCUGCUGACCAAAAUGGAUUUGCAGAUGCCUGGGAUGAGGUACAGAGGUCUCAUGGUCCUCUUCCACAUCAGGCUAACAUUCCUCAAUUGGAUCAUGUGUAUGAUCGUGGACCUCAGCUUCAACCGACUUUGGAUGGACCACCCCAGAGAGUGUUGUCAAGCUUCUUGCACUCAUUUGUUGAAAGCAGCCGUGGUGGAAUUCCUUUUCAUCCUACUCCAUUGCCAUUGUUAGGAUUAUCUGAAGGUGACAAACAAUGCAUACGUGAUCGUAGCAGCAUAAUGGCCCGUCAUUUUUUUGCUGAUAAGAGUGAAGAUUUUAUUAAUGCACAGGUGAAUGCGCUAUUGUCUUCAUUAGAAAUUGAUGGUGAUGCAAGGGCAAAGGGACCUUUACAUGGGAGAUUUCGUGAGAUGGAAGAUCAUUGGAAUGAAUCACAAGGUAGUUUUAGACCAGGUCCUCAUGCUGCUGAUGGAUGGAUUGCAGAAUUUAACCAGCACAGAUUGGACCAUGGUGAUCCUGAUGCCUGGGCUCAUGCAUUUGAACAGCAACAUGGGCCUAAUGGUUGGGUCUCUGAAUUUGACCAGCAACAAAGGAUGGGAUCUUUAGAUCAAAUGAGAGGUCCAAAUAUCUCGAACUUAGCUGCGAUGGAGCAGACUCGUAUGCUUGCACACACGCUAGCUCAAAACAAUGAUCCUAAAUUUCAGAAUUCCAAGUUUCUUCAAUUUGUGUCAAAGAUGAGCCGUGGUGAACUUAUUAUUGAUGAUAAUCAAGUCAAGCCAGCCUCAUCAUCUGCACCUGGUGAUUGGGCAUCAGAAUAUCAACAACAGUAUAAUACAGGGGGUACUUCUUGGGCAGAUGAAUAUGUGCGUGAUGAGGUUUCUUAUGGACCUGAUCGAUGGGUGAAUGAGUUUACUACUGAAAGAGAGCAGAAUGGAUCUGUCGAUGAUCAGUGGGUAAAUGAAUUUUCAAAGUUGCAUGUUAAUGACUGGGUGGAAGAAUUUGGGCAGCAGGUUGAGGAAGGAGCAUUGGGGGAGACUUCAGCUGAUAGUUGGGCAAACGCAUAUGAUGAGUACCUAAAUGAACAAGUAGCUGCCAAGCAAAACUCAGAUGCUUCAAGGGGAGUCUAUGUGUUUUCUGAUAUGAAUCCUUAUGUUGGUCACCCCAAUCCUUUAAAAGAAGGUCAGGACUUGUUCCGCAAAGGACUUUUGAGUGAAGCAGUGCUCGCUUUAGAGGCUGAAGUUUUGAAAAAUCCCGAUAAUGCUGAAGGGUGGAGGCUACUUGGAAUAGCACAUGCAGAGAAUGAUGAUGAUCAACAGGCUAUUGCUGCAAUGAUGCGUGCACAAGAGGCUGAUCCUACUAAUCUUGAAGUGCUUCUUGCACUUGGCGUGUCUCAUACAAAUGAGUUGGAGCAGGCAGCUGCUUUGAAAUACUUGUAUGGAUGGUUACGUAAUCACCCGAAGUAUGGAACACUUGCCACUCCAGAGCUUUCAGAAUCAUUAUAUUAUGCUGAUAUUGCUAGACUAUUCAAUGAAGCUGCUCAGAUAUCGCCUGAGGAUGCUGAUGUGCUCAUUGUCCUAGGUGUGCUAUAUAAUUUAUCCCGUGAAUAUGACAAAGCCAUUGCUUCCUUUCAAACAGCUUUGAAACUCAAACCACAGGAUUACUCCCUGUGGAACAAGCUUGGUGCAACACAAGCCAACAGUGUACAGAGUGCUGAUGCGAUAUUGGCUUAUCAACAGGCCCUUGAUUUGAAGCCUAACUAUGUUCGUGCAUGGGCAAACAUGGGAAUCAGUUAUGCCAAUCAGGGUAUGUAUGAGCAAUCCAUUCGUUACUAUGUGCGGGCACUUGCUAUGAAUCCCAAGGCAGACAAUGCUUGGCAAUAUUUAAGAAUUUCAUUAAGCUGUGCUUCUAGGAAUGACAUGUUGGAAGCUUGUGAUUCUCGGAACAUCGACUUUCUACAAAAGGAGUUUCCACUGUAAUAUUAAUGUACACGAUGGACGAAUGAUAGGUUCCUUUUUGCUGAGAGUGAAGGCCCACACAAAAGCCUUCUCCUUGUCCAUUAAAGGCUACCUGCAAGAGUUGGAUUGUAGGUAUGGCUCCUGGUUUUGCCUCUUCUGAUCUUGAGAAGAAAACCAAACAUGGAUAUUAGAGCCAUUUAAAACAAACAAUUUUAUGUAGUUUCAAAUGCUAUAGCACAGCGUGACAUUAUUCUUAAUACAGGAAUAGGAAAGGCCAAAUUUAUUAUAACAAGUAUAAUAAAUAUAUGAAUGAAAUUGAUCAUGUCAUUGCUAUUGAGAGAGAAAAAUAAAAUUGCUUAUAAAAUUUGAUGUA